AUGAGAGCGAAGAAGACUUAUAAGGUGUCUGAUGCGGCUUCUUCGAUUUCGCCAAUCAAACAAUCGAUUUCUACAAUCUCAGGAACUUCGGAUGAGACGACUGUAAGUACUACACUCUAGUUUACAGUUCUAGCGGGGACCUUGAAAGUUUUGAGAAAGUUAGAAAUUGUUGAAAAUUUUCAAACCUGUCACAGAUUUUUUUCAAAAAUUAUUUCGACAUAGUUUUCGUUACUGUGCUUUUUAAAUUUACUACCGUAAGCGUCUUUAAAGCCUGGAGUACUGUAUGUGCCUUUGAAAACAUCGAUAAAUAUUUUUGUUAAUAAAUAAAUACUUAAAUAAAUAUCCCUCUCUAAUGUACUGUAACUCAUUGCGCCAAAAGUACAGUACCGAAGAAGCUGUGUGAAAUUUUGAUCUCCUGAAGUUUUAGGCCUAACUUUUGAAAAUUAUUUAAAAUUGUGAAUUGUAAAUUUUUUUUUGGAAAAUUGUUUUGAAAAAAUUCCAAAAUUUCCUAUUAUUCAAAUUAUCAUUGAUAUUUUUUGAAUCUCUGAAAUCACAGCAAACAUUUUUCAUUUUUCCAAAUUUCCGAUCAAAAAUUGUCUUCUCCAGCACUAAUAAAUCAAAACCAGUUCCAGUCCACUCUUUUUGCCCCAAAUUUUUCCCCAAUUUUUGCAUGAUAUCAAACAAUAAGUGAUUUUUAGCCAAACAAUAUUUAUUCGAAUGAUGACAAAAAAAAAACCAAGCAAGGAAUUUUAGUGUUCUAAAAAAGCAAUCAAAAUAAAUACUUUGGUUUUUAUCGUUCCGAAGUUAUUUGACUCACAACUCAAUUUGUGUUGUGUUUGAUAAGUAAAACUAAAAUUUGAGGUGGAAAAAUAAAUAGUUUAGUUUAGUUAGCACUUUAUAAAAUAUGUUUGACAAGAGGAAAAGGAAUCAAAAUAUAUUAUUUUUUGAAAAAAGUGGGGGAAAGUGGGCUACGGUAGAUCGAACCAGGGUGACCACUUUCUAAAUCUGUCCAGAUCCAAUUUUUUCAGAAACAUUCUGAAUAUUUUUAAAAUCGGGUCCUGAAUUUUAGAAUGAUCAGAUUUCUGACAAACUAAAUAUUAAAAAAAAACCUGAUUCUUUGGAGCAUAAACUGAAGAGCAUAAGUUACUGUAUCUUGAUUUUGAAAAUUUCAAGAAUUCAAAAAAAUGUUCCAGAUUUUUCUGGACCCCAUAUUUUCUUCUGAAUUUUUGGAAGCCUUUAUUUUUGUUCUGAAUUUUUGGGACCAUCAGAGCCAGAAAAAUGAUUUUUUUUGAUGAUGAAAAUUUGGAGCAUAAACUAAAGAGCAUAAGUUACUGUAUCUCAAUUUUUAAAUAUUCAAGAGUACAAAAAAAAAAUUUCCAGAUUGUUCUGGACUCCAAAUUUCCUUCUGAAUUUUUGGAAACAGAACAAUACGGAGCUUUGCUUUUUUUUUGAAUUUUUGGGACCAUCAAAGCCAGAAAAAUGAUUUUUUUGAUGAUGAAAAUUUGGAGAAUAAAUUGAAGAGCAUAAGUUACUGUAUCUUGAUUUGGAAAAUUUCAAGAAUUCAAAAAAAAAUUUCCAGAUUUUUCUGGACCCAAAUUUCCUCCUGAAUUUUUGGUAUCAGAAAAAUAAGAAGUCUUGUUUUUUUCUGAAUUUUGGGGACCAUCAAAGCCAGAAAAAUGAUUUUUUUGAUGUAGAAAAUUUGGAGCAUAACUGAAGAGCAUGAGUUACUGUAUCUCAAUUUUUAAAUUUUCAAGAAUUCAAAAAAAAUUUUUAGAUUAUUCUGGAUCCCGAAUUUCUUUCUGAAUUUUUGGAAGCCUUUUUUUUCUUGAAUUUUUGGGACCAUCAGAUUACAUUGAAUCAGGGUUCUAAAGAAUUUCAAGAUCUCAAAAAAUCCCAAUUUUUCCAGUACAACCAUCACAAUGUUCACGGCAUUUCCUGGUUAAUGGCAGGUGUUUUCAUAGUUGGUGAUAUGAUGGGAGCUGGAAUGAUUGCUCUUCCGAUCUCCCUCGGAAAUGCUGGCCUUAUACCAGGAAUCAUUCUCAUUCUUCUCGCCUCAAUAUUCUCCGGUUACACAGGAAUCCAAUUGGGAGAAAAUUGGGAGAUGAUGCAAUCAAGAUGGCCGAAAUAUCGAAAUCAUUGUCGACGACCGUAUCCGGAGAUGGCAUAUCGUGCACUCGGUCCAGUUGCACGACAAGUUGUGGCGGUGCUUUUGGUGGUUGGACAAUUUAUGAUUGCGUCGGUGUUGCUUUUGUUGAGCGCGCAGAAUUUCACGAAUUUGUUGAACGCGUUUUUUGGAUUGCAUCUUGAUUUUUGCAUUUUUAUUCUGGCGUUGGGAUUGGUUCUUUGGCCUUUUACACUUUUGCAAUCGCCUAUGGAUUUUUGGCAAUUAGCUGUUAUUUCUGGUAAGUUGGGGUAGAGAAUCUCAAAGUUCUGAAGUUGGAAUCUUUGUAUAUUUUCUGAAUUCAAAAUUCGAACUGAACAGGUUUUUGCUUAAUGUUAAAAAAGUUGAAUAUCACUAAUUCCUGGAAAUUGAUACAACCUGAUGUGUGAAAAUGUUGUGAAUUUUUUUUUUCAAAUUUCAAAUCCCCUCCCCUUAAUUUAAAUUCGUUUAUGUUAGUUUCCUGAAAACCCAAGCAUCGACGCUUUUCGAAAAAAAUUUAAGAAUGUCUCAAAUCUGAAACGUAUAAUUUCCCUGAUUUUGUUUCCAGCCGUUUCAAGUACCGUCGCCGCCGGUUUCAUAAUUUUCGGCUCAGUUCAUGAUAUGCCAGUGUGCGCGCCUGUCGCAGAAAUGCCCCGAUUCCAAUUCUCCAGCUUCUCGUUGUCAUAUGGAACUAUUGUUUUUGCGUUUGGUGGACAUGGUGCAUUUCCGACUAUUCAACAUGAUAUGAAGAAGCCACAACAGUUUAAUUAUUCGGUGAUUUCGAGUUAUAUUUGUGAGUUUUUGGAGAAUUUUGGAGCUCUCUAGGGCUCUGAGACUGGAAAUUCUGAAAUUUUUGAAUUCAGCUUGAAAUUUGGCUUCUAAUGAUAGCUCACAUGCCUAUUCUCCCAGAGGAAUACUGUAGGGUACUGUAGAAAUUAUCUGAAUAGAACUACUGUAGUUUAGAAGUUCAAGAUUACUGUAGGUUACUGUAGAUAGAACUUCCAGAUUUUGAAGAAUCUUUGGUUCCUGUGUACUGUAGGUCCUCCAAACUUUUUCAGUUUGUAGUACUAGUGUAGUUUAGAAAGUUUUUUUUCACUUUUUGGUUCAAGUUUCAAAGAAUAUUACUGUAGGGUACUGUAGGUCCUUUAGUUUGUAGUUCAGGUACUGUAGACUACUGUGAGAUUUUCCUUCAAAAACUCAUUAAAAUAAAAAAAAACAUAACUCAUUCUUAUUUUUGAUUAAUAUGAGUCAUGUUUUUUUUUCUGUGAAGUUUCCAAAAUUUUCAAAAUUGCUCCAAAAGUUAAGGAGCUCAAAAAUGAACCCUGCAUUUGAUUUUAAAAAAAUCUGAAUUUGAAAAAAAAAUCUAAAAAUCCCCGUUUUUUUUCGGAAUUUCAAAUUUUCAGAAUUUUAAGUCCGAACACUUUCCCAACCCUUCAAAAAUAUUUUUCCAGUGAUCACGAUAGUCUAUUUGGCAGUUGGAAUAACAGGAUUAAUUUCAUACGGUGACAGUAUGAUCGACACAGUCAUUCAAUCAAUUCAAAUUCAAUGGGUCGGUCAAGUUGUCAACAUUCUAAUUACCGCCCACAUUUUGCCAACAAUCAUAAUUGUUUUAUCGCCAAUGUCACAACAAGUUGAAGAAUGGAUCAAGAUUCCGAACGAAUUCGGUUUUCGUCGAAUUAUUGUUCGUAGUUUGGUCAUCGCCGCUUCGAUAUUCACGGCAUUAUCUGUUCUCAAACUCGGGUUAUUUGUUGAUUUGGUUGGAGCGACGACGAUUACUUGUAUGACAAUGUUGUUGCCGAGUGUGUUUUGGCUUUUUAUGCAAGCGUCGCAGAAGAAGAGGGAGGAGGGUUUGAGAUUGGGAUUGAUUCAGGAAAAUAGUCCGGAUAUUGAGACGGCGAGUUUGGCUGAGUGAGUUGAGAGCCUCUAGAUUUUGGGCUGGGAAAUUUGAUUUUUGCGAAAAAGUUUGAAGUUUAGAUCUAAAUUUUGAAUUCUAGAAGAAGUCAGGAAAAUUUUAUGAAGUUUUUUCUAAAUCCAAAUUCCAAACUGUAUCUCAAAGGGUACUGUAGCUUUAUAUCGAACUGCAAGGAAUACUGUAGCCGAAAGGAUAUUUGGAACUACAAGCAGUGAUACGAUUUUUGUAGCCCAAAAACUGCAAGGAUUACGGUAGCCCUUAGAUAUUCCAGACUGCAAGGGGUACUGUAGCCUUGAGAUAUUCCAGACUGCAAGGAUUACUGUAGCUUCAGAAGUUUUAAGAACUCAAAGGUUUUAUGAACUAGAAAAGAGUUUUGUAGCGCACAGACUGCAAGGAUUACGGUAGCCUUGAGAUAUUCCAGACUGCAAGGGUAGCUGUAGCCUCAGAGGUUUUAAGAACUCAAAGGUUUUAUGAACUAGAAAAUAUUUUUGUAGCCCACAAACUGCAAGGGGUACUGUAGUCUAGAUAUAUUCAAGACUGCAAGGGGUACUGUAGUCUUAAGCUAUUCCGAACUGCAAAGAUCAGAUUACUGUAGUCUCAGACCGCGAAAAGUAUACCAAAAAAUCUGAAUUUUUCACAAUUUUACAAAAAUUUCCAAGAAAAUUCCAUUUUUCUUGCCGAAAAUCCUAAAAAUCCUGUUUUUGCAGUGUCUAUCACUACACACCAAAAUGGAUAUUAUUGUUCAAUAUUGUUUCAUUCAGUAAGUUUUUUUUUCGAAUUUUUUUCAAAAAAAAAUUUCACAAUCAGUUGACAAAUUCAAUUUGAUAAUUAAAAACAUGAUGACCUGGUUUCAGAAGCCUUUAUCAAAAUUAUUCCCCGAACUAACAAGUUUUUUGCAGCCUUUGGUUUAAUCGGUGGAAUCUCAUCAGCUUGGUCUGCAAUCGAAGCUCUUCUUGGUUCUCAACAAGUUGCACCGUGUUAUGUGAAAUGGUUCAAAGAUGGAUUUUUGACUGAUGUCAGUGGUGGAUUAUUGCAUUGUUGUGGAGCAGAUGAAAAUAUAUCAUAUUAUGGUGAUAUUAAUCAAUGUCAUAUUGCUAAUUAA